AUGUCUUCUAAUCAAGAAAUGCAAAACAUGAAAAAAUUGGUUCUUCAGAAAGAGAAUAUGCAAACCAAUGUCUCAUUACCUCCAUCUGUUGAUCAAGUUAUGAACCACUCUCAAACAACAGAAAAAGGGUCAUCUAGUCCUACAAAGGUAAGAAGAGUUCGAGGAAGCAACAUGUGCAAACAAGUUGCUUCACUUGAAAUUGGACAAAAGUUGAAAGUCACCUUUUACAAUAAUCGAACGGUUGGAACAAAUAGCAAUCUUUUUUCGAGGCAUUUGGGAAAAAUUGUGCGUGAUCGUAAUAUUUGUCCCUUGGGGGUAUCAUCGUGGCAUGAUAUUAAGCAAGAAAAGUUGAAUCACAUGUGGGCAGCCGUUGAGCACAAAUUUGAGAGUGUUGAUAUGAAUGAUCAUCGUGAUCAUAUCUUGGGAUGGAUGAAUGAGUUAUGUAACAAAUGGAGAGGACACUUGCAUGCAAAAUAUGUGAAGGACAAGCCUAUCCAACAGUCUCUUAAGAAUGUCCCAAGAGGAGUAGACAAAAAAGAAUGGGAAUGGUUAGUAAAGGAACAUUUUGCUUCUGAAAGUUUUCAGGCAAGAAGCACUAGGAAUGCAGCAAAUCGAGCAAAGUUAAAGAUGCUUCAUCAUAUUGGUAGCAAGCCUAUUCGAGAGAUUAUUUAUCAAAAGGGCGGAAAAGAUGGAAAUCCACCAGAUUUGGCAACUAUUUUCUUUGAGACUCGUAAGAAAGAUAACAAGCUUGUUGAACCUGAAGCAAUUGAAAAACAUGCUCAACUCGAAGAAAUGGUUCAAGUAGAUCCAUCUCUACCUACCUUAGAGAUUGUUGAAAAAUGUUGUGGACCUCAAACUCGUAGCCACGUAUUUGGAUUUGGGGGUGGAGUAAAGGCAAAAGACUUGAAAGGUGGAACUUCCUCAAAAGCUGAAUUGUUAUCUGCGCUGCGUUCAACUCGAGAGGAUAUCAAAUCCUUGAAUGAAGAGAACAAAUCCUUGAAUGAGGAAAACAAAUCCUUGACCAAUCGCUUGUCUACCUUAGAAGAUGCGAUGAAAGAAGUAAUGAAAAUGAAAGAACUCUUCGUGGCUCAUCAAUCACAUGUACCAGCUACAACAUCGUCCUUUUCAACUGAAUGA